AUGGGUGAAGCGUCAACCAAGAAUCGCCAUGUCCUCUGUUUCGAUGGGACGAGCAACAGAUUUCAGGCCAAUAGUGCCGACACGAACAUUGUCAAAAUCUACGAAAUGCUAGAUAGGGAAACUAGCGAUCAAUAUCACUAUUACCAGCCUGGCAUAGGAACAUACGACGCCGACGGCCCAAUCAGCAAUACAAGAUACUGGAGUGUCUUCUCCAAAGUAUGGUCGAAACUCAAGGCGAAACUCGAUGAAGGCUUUGCGUUUUCGUUUGCCGAGCAUGUGAUGGCUGGCUACAAGUUUCUCAUGAGGUAUUAUGCAAAUGGCGAUGACAUAUACAUCUUUGGCUUCAGCCGUGGAGCAUAUACAGCGCGUGUUUUAUCUGAAAUGAUCCAUGAUAUUGGCCUGCUAUCUCGAGGCAACGAAGAACACGUGUCAUUUGCAUGGUACAAAUGGAGUGACUAUUGCCGUGCCGGCUACAAGGAAAAAGACCUUGACUACAUCAACGACUAUAAGAAGACGUUUUGCCGGAAGGACGUCAAGGUCCAUUUCCUUGGGCUCUUCGAUUGCGUCAACAGCGUUGCCAAUCUUGAGGUGCCCUUGUUCAGACGCAUAUCACCCUAUUUGCGAUGUCCGCCUGCCACACACAUCCGUCACGCAGUCUCGGUCCACGAACGUCGAGCGAAGUUCAAGCCGACCCUGUUCCUCUUCGCCAAGAAGCAUCUUCAAGAGCCUGCCGAGGUCGAGUCCCUCAAAGAACACUGGUUUGCAGGGAACCACGGUGAUGUCGGUGGAGGCUGGCCCGUCGACCCGGGCUGUUACGCACUCUCGGAAAUCGCCUUGAAGUGGAUGGUAGACCAAGUCCUUGCCAUCCAACCUUCGGAGCAGAACAACCCUCUCUCGUGGCACAAGACCGAUCCCGAAGAUCCCAAGAAAGGUCUCGACGGACUCGACAGUCGAGUGAACCACAUCCACGAGAGUCUGCAGGGCGGACGUGGGAAGGAGCUGGGCCUGGUCAAGCAUGACCUCCUCGUUCGAGGCGGAGGGUCGUCUUGGCUAGGACGCCGGUUCUGGUGGCUUUUGGAACUGCUCCCACUAUCUCACUUUGAGCUCGAGGGAGACAAGUGGGUGCAGCCAUGGUCGUCCAACAUUGGAGGCCUGCGCGACAUACCUGAAGACGUCGCCAUCAACAACUACAUCGACCCGUCGAUCGAUCUCAUGGUGAAAGCGGAUGUGCUGCCCGUCGCGGAGAGACCCUUCUUCGGCGAGAAGCCCUUCCGCGGAUAUCCAUAUCGAGGACUUUGGAACCUGUGGGGUUUGGUCGGCAGGAGGAAGAUCAGCGCGAGGCCAGCCACCGCGGACGGUGAACCUGGCCACUAG